GGCAACCAAGAGUCCAAGAGCUUGCUAUAUAUACAACGUACGUCUGUGCGCAACAUACACUUGGCAAAAAGAUCCAUAGAGCUAAGCGCAGAGAAGCAGCAGCAAGCAAGACGUACGUAUUAGGUGAAAGAAACCAAGAAGGGCCCCAAGAACAAAGGCGAUAUCACAAGAGGAGCUAGCUGAGAUUGAUUGAUCUGCCAUGGUGGCCAAGGCGGACAUGACCGUCAUGGAGAUGGAGAAGGCGACGAGCGACGGGGAGGUGGUGCUGGGCGGCGCCGGAGACGAUGAUGAUGAGGAGGAGGACGUGGUGCUGCCGGGGUACCGGUUCCACCCCACCGAUGAGGAGCUGGUCACCUUCUACCUCCGGCGGAAGGUGGCCAGGAAGUCCCUCAGGAUCGAGGUCAUCCGGGAGAUUGACAUCUACAAGCACGACCCAUGGGAUCUCCCCAAGGCGAGCACGGUUGGUGGGGAGAAAGAGUGGUACUUUUUCUGCCUGAGAGGGAGGAAGUACCGCAACAGCAUCCGGCCCAACCGGGUCACCGGCUCCGGCUUCUGGAAGGCCACCGGGAUCGACCGGCCAAUCUACUCUGCAGCCGCCGGCCGUGCCUCCGGCGUGUCCAUCGGGCUGAAGAAGUCGCUCGUCUACUACCGCGGCAGCGCCGGCAAGGGCACCAAGACCGACUGGAUGAUGCACGAGUUCCGCCUGCCGCCGGCCGCCGCCGCGGCGGCCACAAACUCCUCCCCGAGCAUGCAGGAAGCUGAGGUGUGGACCAUCUGCAGGAUCUUCAGGAGGACCAUCACCUACCGGAAGCAGCAGCAGCAGCCGUGGAGGCCGGCGCCGGCGGUGUCCGCAGCCGACUCGAGCUCCAACACGGGGAGCUUCGAGUCGUCGGAGGUCAGCGACGAGUACAUCAACUGCCUGCAGGCUCCCGCAGCCGCCGCCCCGUGCAUCCCCGAGCAGCACCAGUACGUCAGUCAGACGGGCACGGUGGACAGCGGCAACUACUUCUACAUGGAUACCAUGCACAACCAGCAGCAGGUCCAGGGGCAAUGGAACGCUCCGCCCGCAGCGCCGGUGCCGGAGCAUAAACCGCAGAGCCAAUUGUCGGCGGCGAAUGAUUUCUACAAGGUCGAGGGGUACUUGGAGGAGAUCGCGAGGAUGAUGGAGGUCACCGAUCCGGCAGGAUUUUACGACUGUAGAUCAUACGCCUGAUCGGCAGUGAAAUUGAGGCCCCAGCUUCGUACGUCUUCAGUGCUGUUGAAGAUGGCCAAACGGCGCUCCCAGGCUUCUCUCCUCGAUUCUCCUCGCGAGCUCAGCCUCCUCUCCUUGAUUCUCUUAGCGAGCCCAUGGACGGACUGGUCUUGCCGCCGUUGCCCCCGACGUCUACGAUGACACCAUGGUACAUAUAAUUCCCAAGACUAUACAACUUUACUCUUUUAAAACAGAGAACUGUCAAACACAUGUUGACAGCUGGUGUCGAUAGGGUGUUAUCCUCCUUUUCGAAAGGAAAAAAGUUGAUGUGGGCAAGAUGGUGUUUGGGAGGACACUCCUUGGUGAGAGAGACCACUUUGCAAUGGCAGCAAGUUCAGGAGAAAAUGGCAUAGACUCGGUUCAGACUUCAGAGACGCAGAGCCGUCCUGAGAUUUCAUAGGCCCGGGGCAAAGCUAGAAGCUGAGGCUCCUUAGUACAAACAUCGAAAUGAUAAUUGUUAUAUGUGUAUGUUUUGUGUGUGAAAUGUCACCUUGAUUUGUUAUCUCAAUAGUAGUGAAGUUUCUUGGGUCAUAAAUAUUCAUAAGAAAAAUCGCUACUCCAUCAAGCCUA